AUGACAACAACCAUCCCACAAUCAACCGAUCCAACCGUCCGCUAUCUGUCUACCACACAGGCAUACGACCUCUGGUCAGCUGUGUACGAUACCGACGGCAACUUCUUGCAAGCCCUCGACACGAUUGAAGUGAGGCCUCUGUUGCUGCGCAUGCUCGACAUGCUGAAUGAUGGACCAUUCACACAGCCCUGGAAGUUCGUGGAUUUGGGUUGCGGCACCGGCAGGAAUACUGCGGCGCUGCUCGAGGUCGGUGAAGCGUCGGCAGUAGUCGGGCUGGAUGUAAGUCCUGGCAUGCUGGAAGUUGCGGAAAGGCGGUUGCAGAAGUUUCAUGCAGAAGGGAGACUGAAACUCGAGGUAUUUGACAUGCUGCAAGCAACGUCGAUACCCGAGUCGGCAAGGUCUGCGGAUGCAGUGGUAUCAACCCUGGUAAUCGAGCAUGUUCCGGCAGAUAUCUUCUUUGCGACUGCAGGCAAGAUCCUCAAACCUGGGGGGAUUCUGCUGUUGACGAAUAUGCAUUCGGAGAUGGGCAAAAUCAGUCAAGCUGGAUUUAUCGACCCUAAGACUGGCGAAAAGAUCCGGCCCACCAGCUAUGCUCACACCACCGAGGAGGUAGAGACUGCCGCCUUGGGCAAUGAGUUUGAGCUUUUAGGCCCGAUGGAGGAGCGGGCAGUAGACGAGAGCAUGGUCACCGUACUUGGAGAGCGUUCGCAGAAAUGGGUUGGGGUGACCGUAUGGUUUGGAGGCAUUUUUCGGAAGAAAGGUAGUAUGUGA